UAAGAAUCUAGGUCGGUUGGGAGUCUCAGAAGUGAGCGAAUAGCCAAUCUGAUUGGGUGUUGCUGCGAAGGAGAUGAGAGGUUGCUCGUGGCCAAGUUUAUGCCCCAUGAAACUCUCGCUAAGCAUCUUUUUCCCCGGGAUGCUCAACCAAUGAAAUGGCCCAUGAGAUUGAGGGUGGCUUUGCAUCUGACACAAGCUCUAGAGUACUGUAGCAGCAAAGGGCGUGCAUUGUAUCAUGAUCUCAAUGCCUAUAGGGUUUUAUUUGAUCAGGAUGGCAAUCCCAGACUAUCUUGCUUUGUCCUCAUGAAGAAUAGCAGGGACGGCAAGAGUUACGGUACAAACAUAGCAUUCACUCCUUCGGAGUACCUGAGAACUGGUAUUUUUGUUUGCUUGAAUAGAGUGACACCAGAAAGUGUGGUUUACUGCUUUGGAACGUUGUUGCUGGAUCUUCUGAGUGGAAAGCAUAUACCCCCUAGUCAUGCAAUUGAUCUAAUUCGUGGCAAGAAUUUUCUGAUGCUUAUGGAUUCUGCUCUAGAGGGUAAUUUUUCAAAUGAUGAUGGAAUUGAACUUGGGCGUUUAGCUUCCCGCUGUUUGCAGUAUGAAGCACGUGAGAGGCCAAAUGCAAAGUCUCUUGUCACUUCUUUCAUGUCUCUUCAGAAAGAAACAGAGAGUUACUAUAAGCACUUAACAAUUGGUGAUUCCGACAAUGUUUUGGUAAAAGAUGAAACCAGAUUUUGGGAGAUGAAAAGAGUGGAAAUGGAUUAUGCAAACAAUGAUAUUCUCGGCAAAGCAGUUGAGAAGAGUCUUAGCAGCAUUCUAGCAAGCUUGGCUGUUCUUUUUAUUGUUUAG